GGAGGCUGCAGACACCUGGUGAAAGUAUCAGUCAGACUAAAGCCGGGGGGGUGGCUCCAGUGAGGCGCGCUCCCAGCGCCGUGCUGCACACACUGCCGCCGCCGGGACAGGAGGAGGCGGAGCCGCCGGAGCCCGGAAAGUGAAAGGGAAACUAGACCCCCGGGUGCUGGCGCGGGGAGCAGCCCCGGGCUCCAUGAAGCUGCUGGGGCUCUGGCUCUUGUGCCGCCUGCUCCCCGGCGGGGGCGGCUCCUCCCCGCGCCCCGCGGGGACCCAGCCAGAGCGGAGCAGCGGCGGCCGCACGGAGUUGCCCGGUUUCCGGAACCUCACCCGGGCUCGCUGGGGCGGCGGGGAUGGGCGGGAGGAGGCCGCCCUGCGGGAAAGUAUUAAAAGAAUUAGGCGUUUGAAUUCUUUAUCAUCAGGUGACAACAUGACUGCUUUUUAUGGAAUAAAUCAGUUUUCUCACUUGUUUCCUGAAGAUUUUAAAGCUAUUUAUUUAAGAAGCACACCUUACAGAGUUCCCAGGUACACAGAAGUGCUGAAGAGAAAGGAAACACUGUUACCAACAAAGUUUGACUGGAGGGACAAGAAUGUUGUCACCCAAGUGAGAAAUCAGCAAACAUGUGGAGGCUGCUGGGCUUUCAGCAUUGUGGGUGGAAUAGAAUCUGCCUAUGCAAUCAAAGGGAAUAAUCUGGAAGAACUCAGUGUACAACAGGUCAUUGACUGUUCAUACAACAAUUACGGCUGCCAUGGUGGCUCUACUGUUGGUGCUCUCAGCUGGCUGAAUCAGACACAAGUAAAAUUGGUGAAAGAUUCUGAAUACACUUUUAAAGCUCAAACUGGACUGUGCCAUUAUUUCCAGCCCUCUGAUUUUGGAGUUUCAAUCACAGAUUAUGCUGCGUAUGACUUCAGUGGCCAGGAAGAUGAAAUGUUAAAGAAGCUUGUUAACUGUGGACCGUUGGCAGUGACAGUAGAUGCAGUUAGCUGGCAGGAUUAUCUGGGUGGGAUCAUACAGUAUCACUGCUCCAGUGGAAAAGCAAAUCAUGCUGUUCUUAUCACUGGUUUUGAUAGAACAGGUAGCAUCCCUUACUGGAUUGUACGCAACUCGUGGGGACACACAUGGGGAAUAGAUGGUUAUGCCCAUAUUAAAAUAGGUAGUAAUGUCUGUGGUAUAGCAGACACAGUUUCAUCUGUGUUUGUUUGACACUGACUGGCCGAACAAAAAAGCACCCUGCUAGUAGUCAUUUGGCAGAUAACAGGAUUCUGUAAAUUUACACUUCUUCAAUAUGAAGAUAUUUUACUUCAAAAUUUUAAAAAAUGAUUUUUGUAUGAGGGGUUGGUCUGCUGGGCAUUACAGACAUGGCACAUCCGGAAUUCAGGAAGAUGCUUCAGCUUCCAGAGUCUGUGCCCCUAAAUCUGAGUGGGGCUGCACAGACAACUCUGCAGAAUACCAUACACUUGACCCUCUGUUCUGAGAAAGAAAGAAAGAAAGAUGAAACAAGGGUCACACUGUGGUGGUCAGUUUGGAAGUUUGAGCUUUACGCAACGCCUACUGAAAUAUUUGAAAUGGGAACCCUAGAUGGAAGACAUGAAGCAAUGGAAGUUUCUCGGUCCCAAAUAAUACCCACUGACAAAUCCUGGCAGUGAGUCCUAGAAUGUCACUAAUGUCACAAUUGGUUCAGAAUGAAAUGGAACAAGGGAAGAAAUGACAGAAGAUAAUGUUGUUUGCUGGAGGUUUUCAAUCCAGAAAUCUAGCAGUAUGACAGGGUGCAGUCUGAAGGCACUUUAAUAUGAGGAGAAACAUGAUGUGUCUAUCCGUUUCCUCCUCUUUUAUUUUCAAAAACCUUGUGUGAAAUGACAAUUCUUUAUCACUCCUGUACUUUCUGAAGUGCCUGAAUUGGCUUUUCUUGUAACUUUGUUUGAUAGCAGGUGCUGUUUGCACCAGCAUGGACUUUCUCUCUUUCUUCUGCUUUCUCUGCCUCUCCUCUUACGGGCCACUCUGCAUUAUAUACCUAAACAAGCAGGUUGCAACCACAUUAUAAUCUCUCUGAACAGCUCACUUGUAUUAUGAAGGCUAAAAGAAGCAGGGGGAAGGAAAGAGAGCAUACCAAAUAGUGAUGGAACCAUCAAAAUGUAUAUAUGCCUUCUUGUGUAACCAUGCAACUUCAUCUCUGCUCACCCUCUCCCUUUGAGUGUGUUUGACCCUCAUCUUUCAUGUCUUAUUAAAUCUAGUUUUUGUGCUCUUCAAGGCAGGACAUUUUGGGCGGGGGGGGGAAGUGCCAGGGCAUUUUGGAGAAUUCAGAAUGGAUUAAUAGUUCUUGUCUUCCCAUGUACUUGAUUACCUGUUAGUUCAGAGAGCGCUUAGCCAAUUAGGGGUACUGCAAUAACCAACCUGAGAUACAAAAGCAUAUCUGCUGUACCCUCUCUUUGCAUGUAAGGUUGCAAAUGGGCCAUUUCAUUCUUUAAAAAGUGUUGGAGUAGCACCUGCUUCAGUCUUCUCUCUCUACCUCCAUUAAUUACACUUCUGCCAAAGCAAAAGGGAAAGUCAGACUAUGAUUGUCAUAGCUAAAAUAUGCCUAUAAUUCACUAAAUUUGUGUUUUACAUAUUAAUAUCUGUCUUCCAACAGUCCAUCCUCUUCCAGGGCUAAUCAUCAGUUGUCGCUAGUUAUUAGCAGGAGAAUGAAGAACAGCUACUGAGAUAUCUCAUUUUCUCUCUGUAUUUCCCCAACCAGCACCUUUAACUGACUUAUCACAGAGAUCAUCCCACUAGCUACAGAUUGCUGGAUUCAUUUCUGUACAAGACCCAUUUAUUUCUGCCCUUCUCCCAUGUGUUGGUCGGAGGAAAUCUCUGCAACGUGAUUAUAAAGGCGUUGAACUUUUUGAUAUGCAGAACAUAAGAGUAGAAAGCAAUGUCAUUUCUGAAUUUUAAAGCAUUCCAGUAUCAUAUAUUUAUUUAGUAACUUUUGUGAAUUUUUGUUUUUCUUGUCUGUGGUAGUCUGUUUUUGCUGUGCAGAAAUAAUUGUGAAUCAAUAGUUACACUUUUUAUAAAAACAGAUCUGUAACUUUUAGUUGAAUUGUGAAGAGAUUUUUACAAAUAUUUUGCACUAUGUUCACUUUGAACAGGUUUGCUAAUUACAGUGUUGAAUAUGUGUUUUAACAAUAUUCUUUCUAAAUAAAGAAUUUUGAACAUUCA